GGAGCAAACGAUUUUGCAUAGUGUUAAUGCACUGGUGUUCGAUUAAGACUUAAGAGGGAAAUCUAAGAAUUCCACCUGUCGUGGCAUCAUUUGAGUGUCAUACACCGAACUGAGCACACAUUUGUGAAAGUGCGUUUAACCAGAGGAACGGGGUGGAAACCGUUAUCGCCCGCCCGAGGGGAGGAGUCACCCACUGCUCCGGUUUGUCACUCAAGCUGCAUUAAAUAUAACCCUUCCGAGUCUUCAUCUCCAACUUUAAAUCCAACAGAAGGAAUUUACUCAUGGGAAACUGUUAAAGGGACUCACUUCCCGAUGGUGACCCGGGCCACUUUGGCCUUUUAUUUAUUAGGAAGUACGCCUGGUCGCCUUUAUAAUGGAAACGUGUGUCGAGAGACGCGCUUGCCGUGUGGUUUUCACGGUCUUUCUGCUUGUCCUAGAUACUGUGAUUGCCGAGACUUUCUCUCCACACGCGGACACCGAUAACCCACUGAGUAACGUUACCGAAACUUUUUUUACCCAAACUGGUGUAAAACAAACCUCCUCCUGGCCGGGGAGAGAGGCCACUGCGACAGCCGUGGAUCUAUCGAGUGGACUGAACGAGAUGACGGACAUCCCCGCCAGUGUGUCCACCACUGGGGCUCGAGAGGGACAUUUAGAAAAACUUUUAGGCAUCUCUGCAAACACAGCUGGCUGGAGGAUGACCUCAAAAGAUGCCACCGAAGAUCUGCAGACUGACAAAGCGAUAACUCCAUCAGCAGCAACGCACAGCAUCACCAGCCACAAUUCUGUUACAGAGGAUCGAAAAGUGCAAGAGUUUACCCAUAAUGCCACAACCCAAUGGGAGGCUCCAUCAGUAGCAUCGCACAGCAUCACCAGCCACCAUCCCGUUACAGAGGUUCGAACAGUGCGAGAGUUUACCCAUAAUGCCACAGCCCAAUGGGAGGCUCCAUCAGUAGCAUCGCACAGCAUCACCAGCCACCCUCCCGUUACAGAGGCUCGAACAGUGCUAGAGUUUACCCAUAAUGCCACAGCCCAAUGGGAGGCUCCAUCAGUAGCAUCGCACAGCAUCACCAGCCACCAUCCCGUUACAGAGGUUCGAACAGUGCGAGAGUUUACCCAUAAUGCCACAACCCAAUGGGAGGCUCCAUCAGUAGCAUCGCACAGCAUCACCAGCCACCAUCCCGUUACAGAGGCUCGAACAGUGCGAGAGUUUACCCAUAAUGCCACAGCCCAAUGGGAAGCUCCAUCAGUAGCAUCGCACAGCCUCACUAGUCACCAUCCCAUUACAGAGGCUCGAACAGUGAGAGAGGUUCCCAUGACGGAUCUAAAAGAAAUUGACACCACUGACUCUGUCUCUCACACUGAUAGCACCUACAUUUCCACAACCAACCGAGUCAGAGAACACACAGUCCUCUCGGUGACCUCCAACAGCACCUCUGCGUACACCGAGGACUCCAACUCCUCGGAUGCUGUCUUUCAAACCUCCAGCUGGGUAGUGGGAACAUCAGGAGCCACCCAGGGCAAGGAGGAAACCGUAGAAGAUGUAUCUACAUUGCAUGAACAGACUGAACCCACCUUUGAAGAUCAUAAUGCCACCAAUGCAACUCAAGGCCACUCUUUGGAGACAGAGCAGUCAACGUUUUCCCACAGCACUGAGUCACAGACGGGACAAUCCAGUGUCACAGGACAGACUUUUCAACAGGUGUCUGAUAAUGACAAUCCAAAUUCAACACCCCCUCUUACAACGAUCAACAGAGAUCAAGGGGAAAUGGACGCCACAUCGAUGAGUGGUGGGACGUCUUAUACAGAAACCAGUGUCUCUGUGUCAUCUAUCCCACCUUUUACCUCCGGUGGCCACAAUGCCACUAGUACAUCCCAACAGAGCCGAGAUUCCACAGUGACUAAUUCCCUGGAUACUAAUGCUUCCACUGUGUUUUCUACUGGAUCUGUCAGCUCAACUGGCCGUGAGGAACUCGAAGGGUCUCCGACCCAUACAAUGGAGAAGACAACCAUUCAGGGCCUGACUACUGCACCCCCAGUGCCUGAAGAUGUAGCCACCACAACUGAUGACUCAUUUACAAAGUUCCAUGCUGGCAAACCACCCUUCGUCCCAAAAACUGAUAAUCCGACCAACACAGAAAUGGUGCCAACAUCUGCCAUGCCAUCAACUCAUAGGCCACAGGUUACAGAGGAAGCCACUGAGGAGGCAUCAACUGUUUAUAGUUCUACCAACAGUUUCACUACAAUGAUUCCUCCCGUCACCACCCAUCAGCUCCAAACGAGCACCACACCACAAGUCCAAACAGAACACACUACCAUCGCUACCACAGAUAUUUUUCCGGUACUGCGGACGACACCCACCACAGCCCAACGUCCGCUUACCUCCACUACUGGUGGACCACAGGCACCGAGUACAUCUGAUUCUGCUGAUGUCACCACCUUGCACUUAGAGACCAGCACGGCAACACCAGGGAACACGACUGCGCAUGGCAGACGUGCAACAACACCUUACAGCAAGAGCACCCCAACCAAAACCACUGUGCUGGAAACCACCCGGAAUCACACGGACAGAAGUACAACAGAGAUGGGAAUGACAACCACGCAGAUGCCAUUUAAGUCAACAGCAUCUCCAGAUCACGUGUGUGGGCUUUGUGCAAAUGGAGGCCACUGUGUUAGAUCAGCUAAGGGAAGUUACCACUGUCAGUGUCUGCCUGCAUGGACAGGACCCUUCUGCACGGAACAUGUGGAUGAGUGUGUGAAUAGUCCGUGCCCCAAGGGUUCAGUGUGUGUCAACACCGGUGGCUCUUUUAGCUGUCAGUGUGCCCUGGGCUUUGACUUGGAGGAUGGGCGCAGUUGUACGCAAGUGAAAACAUUUUUGGGCACCUUCACCGUCAACACCUCAAUGCAUCUCAGAAGCUCAGGUUCGCAUGAGCUGCACAGAGAGAUUUUACAGCUGCUCAAUGCCUCGCUCUCCAUCUUCCAUGGAUACCGGCAUUCCACUUUACAUAAAACAGAUGGAGGAGACGUGCAGAUCUCAGCGGUGAGCAUGUUUUCACUCACCACCAAUGUGACCAGCACGAAUGUCUUCAACAGCAUCCAGAUGUCCCUGAGCAACUGCAGCCGGACGUACUCACACUGCACCAUUAAGCUUCAGCACCAUCUCUCCUAUCACGCGGAGAGCCUGUGUUUGGCCCAGAAGACCAAGUGUGAUUUGCAGUACUCUGAGUGCACAGACUCUAGCGGGACCCCGUACUGUCAGUGCAAACCAGGAUACUUUAAAAAGAACCCAGAGGACAUGACCUGCAGAGUUUUAGACUGUGGAGAUGGACUCAUGCUUGUUAACGGGAGCUGUGUUGAGUGCAUUUUUGGAUUUGGAGGUUUCAACUGCAGUAACUUCUAUAAGCUGAUAGCUGUGGUGGUCUCUCCUGCUGGAGGAGCUCUUCUGUUGAUUGUCGUCAUUGCACUUAUAGUCACCUGCUGCAAAAAGGACAAAAAUGACAUUAACAAAAUCAUUUUCAAAAGUGGAGACCUUCAGAUGUCGCCCUACUCCGAGUUUCCUAAGAGUAAUCGUGUGUCUAUGGAGUGGGGCCGAGAGACUAUCGAGAUGCAGGAGAACGGCAGUACCAAAAAUCUCCUGCAAAUGACAGACAUUUAUUACUCGCCUGCACUUAGGAACGCUGACCUGGAGCGUAAUGGCCUGUAUCCAUUCUCUGGUCUCCCCGGUUCGAGGCAUUCCUGCAUCUACCCAGCUCAGUGGAACCCUUCCUUCAUAAGCGACGAUUCACGGCGAAGGGACUACUUUUGACGACCUUAGCCAGCAGGCGUGCAAUUUGAUACUGCAUAUAAGCUCUUUCGGCAUGGUUGGACCUGCCGCAGAUCCUGGAGCUGGAUACUGACCACUUUUUGCCUUUGAAUGUGAAAAUGAGCUGGCAGAAAAAGAACAUUAUCUGUGAGACAGGAAGAAAGCCGCAGAGGCCUGUCUGGGUCAAUUUAGCAUUUGAACACAGUGCAACAGUAAGACUUUAGUUUCUGGUGUGAAGCUAAUGAACUGAUGUUCUCAUAGCUCCUUGCAGAGUGUUUAUACUUAAGUGGAAGUCAGUGAAAUUAGAAUAACAUAUUAAGAUGCCUGGGCUACAGUAUAACUUUUAUAUUAUAAAAGUUUGCACUAUGAACUCCUCACACAGAUAUUAUCUCAAAUGGAAAAAGCCAUAAAUGUAUCAUAUUUAUACUUGGAAUAAUGUACCAGCUGGUUUGUACUGUGUUUUGUGUGCGAUGGGGUAUCUGUAUGUGUGUUUAUGUAUGUUAAUCAAAAGUUAAAGAGAUGGUUCACUCCAAAAUGAAAACUCUGAUAUCAUGCACUCUCCUAAAACAUGUAUACCUUUGAUUCCUUGGUCUUACUGACAAUUAUCAGUAUGUUUUAUGGUGUUUUUUGGAGCUUAACAGCCCCUCGUCCCAUUCACCUACAUUGUAUGGAAUAGAGCAAUGUGAAAAAAAUUUGUGUGUGUGUUUAAAAAAAUACGUUGUACAUUGUUACAUUUUUGGGGUAAACCAUCCCUUUAAUGCUUUGUAGUGGUAUAGUUUUUAUCAGAGAAAUGUUGUGAGAUUUACGCUGGAGAACUAAACCUAUGUAAAAGCUGGUAGGAUUUUGAAACCAUAUUACUGGAUGCAGCAUUCAUGUGAAAUGUAGCAAAUAUUGCCACAAGGUAUUACAGUUUGUUUGAACAACAGUAAUAAUCAUAAAACACAGUGCUGCCUUGUUUGUUUGCUUAUUUAUUUAAUUUAAAUGUUCUGUAUCAGAUAAAGAUACUGUAGUAUGAUCUGAGGACCUCCCAUGUGUUUGUAUGGAUGCUUGGUGGUGCAUAAGAGGAUGGACUUCACCUUCCAUGUUCCAGGUGUCCAUUUUAUUUUAGCUUGCGUGUGUUCUUGUGAGAUGUGCUUUAUUUGUAAUCUUUAAUAUCAGUCACCGCUUUCUUCAUUAGCAUUUUUCCCCUCCUCUGUGGAUGGACACUUGAAUCUGGCGUUGUAGUCAGAAGUGUAUUGUAAAAUAAAAUAGAAAUAAAGUAUGAUUUCUUA